AUGGAUGCUGAUGCCACUAAUAGAUUUGUACCUGAAUAUCGUCGUACUACUUUCAAAAAUAGAGGUCGUUUUCAAAGUGAUGAAUUAAGAAGAAGAAGAGAAACUCAUCAAGUUGACUUGAGAAAACAAAAAAGAGAAGAAGUAUUAGCUAAAAGAAGAAACUAUCAAAAUGAUGGAGGUAAUGAAUCUGAAGAUGAAGAUCAAUAUCCAAUGCAAAUUAAUAAUGAUGAUAGUCAAUUUUAUAAUAAAUUAAAACAAGAAUUACCAAAAAUGAUUGAAAUGAUUCAAGCACCUGAUUUUGAUAGUCAAUUAGGUGCUACUGUUAAAUUCCGUCAAAUCUUAUCUCGUGAACAUAAUCCUCCAAUUGAUUUAGUAAUUGAAUCUGGUGUUAUUCCAACAUUGGUUGAAUUUAUGAAAGAUGAUCAUCCAGAUAUGUUACAAUUAGAAGCAGCUUGGGCUUUAACUAAUAUUGCAUCUGGUAAUUCAAUUCAAACUAGAGUAGUGAUAGAAGCAAAUGCCGUUCCUUUAUUUGUUCAAUUAUUAUAUUCUCAAUCCCUUGAAGUUAAAGAACAAGCAAUUUGGGCUCUUGGUAAUGUUGCUGGUGAUUCUUCUGAUUCUAGAGAUUAUGUUUUAGGUUGUAAUGCAAUGGAACCAGUAUUAAAUUUAUUCAAUUCAACUAAAAUGUCUUUGAUUAGAACUGCAACUUGGACAUUAUCUAAUUUAUGUAGAGGUAAAUCACCUCCACCAAAUUGGGAUAUCGUUUCACAAGCUAUUCCAACUUUAGCUAAAUUAAUUUAUUCAGUUGAUUCAGAAACUUUAGUUGAUGCUUGUUGGGCAGUAUCUUAUUUAUCUGAUGGUACCUCUGAAGCUAUCCAAGCAGUCAUUGAUGCUCGUAUUCCUCAUCGUCUUGUUGAAUUAUUAGCUCAUGAAUCUACCUUAGUACAAACCCCUGCCUUAAGAGCAAUUGGUAAUAUUGUUACUGGUAGUGACUUACAAACUCAAAUUGUUAUUAAUGCUGGGGUAUUAAAUGCGUUAGGUCCAUUAUUAAAUUCACCAAAAGAAACAAUCAGAAAAGAAGCUUGUUGGACUAUUUCUAAUAUUACUGCUGGUACUACCGAUCAAAUUCAAGCAGUUAUUGAUGCCAAUUUAAUCCCUCAAGUUAUUAGAUUAUUGAUUAGUGGUGAUUAUAAAACUAAAAAAGAAGCAUGUUGGGCAAUUUCUAAUGCAUCAUCUGGUGGAUUAACCAAACCUGAUCAAAUUCGUUAUUUAGUUAGUCAAGGUUGUAUAAAACCUUUAUGUGAUUUAUUAGCUGUUGCAGAUUCUAAAAUUAUUGAAGUUACUUUAGAUUCUUUGGAAAAUAUUUUGAAAAUGGGUGAAAUGGAUAAAGAAGCUCGUGGUCUUAGUGUAAAUGAAAAUGCUUUAUUUAUUGAAGAAGCUAAUGGUAUGGAAAAAAUCUUUGAAUGUCAAAGUAAUCCAAAUGAAAAGAUUUAUGAAAAAGCUUAUAAGAUUAUUGAAACUUACUUUUCAGAAGAAGAUGAUCAAAUUGAUGAUGAAGGGGUUGCACCUCAAGCUUAUGGAAAUUCAUUUGGUUUCGGUCUUGAUCAAUCUCAACAACAAAACUUCCAAUUUUAA